AUCAUGGGCCAAGUUUUAGACAGGCUUCAGGAUAAGCAGUGGAGGCAAAACAGAAUAAGGAAGAUAGCUGAUAAAGCUUUUGAAGGUCUGAAGAAGGAAAAAGACACUGCUCAUUUGACAUUUGAAGAUCUGUAUAUUGCGGUUUUACUUGUUUACAAUGAUCUUAACAAGCACCUGCCUGGUCCUCAUUUUGAUCCUCCAUCAAAAGAUAGAGUCAAACAAGUCAUGGAGGAAUGUGAGGUGAAUCGAGAUGGGAAAACUGACCGUGAUGAGUUUUAUGAAUUCAUAAAGAGGAUGACAGAGGAUACAUUCAUAAGGAUAAGUCAAGGGCUGAUUGUGACUCUGGUGGUGGCACCAAUGGUUGCAUUGGCAACAAUGAGAGCUAUUGAAGGCCUCCCAGGUUCUAUUGGCAAGAUUGCAAAAAAGAUUCCCAAAUCACUCUAUGUAUAUCACUUGCACUCUUGCAAUUGUGGCACUCCGUAA